CAUUCAUCACCUGGGCCUCGGACUCUUCACCUCAUCAAAGCUGAACGAGGCACAGUCAUUAGGGCGACCACUACAGCUUCCCGAACGGCAAAUAGAACGUAUCGGAUGGACCUUCCAUAGAGUCGCAUCAAUGACUGAUCUCGACCCGUAUCAUAUGGACGUCUUGAUCAAGCUGUAGGACGAUGCUCUUUUCCACACGAGAAGUUCGCACAAUGUAAAUUCGUGCGCGAAUGUAAAGACCUCUUACCGAAGGCAAUCGACACUGAUCCAAGUCUAAUGCUGUCCUUGCUGCAUUCGAAGCCGAAGAUAAGGCUGAGGAUCAAAAUCUACGACAGCUUUAUCGACCUCUACAUCUUCGGCGACCGUUUCGACAUCAUGAGUGAGCUCCAAGCCCAUUCCAUCUUCCUGAACUCACGCUACACCCAAACACUGGCUAGUCUCAGCCCCAGUUCGAGAGUAUUAUGAAAACAUACGAGACUCUAAGAGAAGCGAUGCCAAUGCUUGAGAGCCAACGCCACAGAUAAGCAGAAGCAGCGCUUGACUUGAAUCGUGUUUGAAGCAGAGUCGAUGCAACCAGCACACCGCUGGCGUCUGCAACUUCUGAGACAGUCGCCGAGAGCCUCAAGGAGAUGGACAUGACUUGGAAGUCAACGCACGCCGUUUUACGACAAGUGAGCCAAAACGUGCGACGCAGGAACCAGGUCCGUUGGCGCCAUCCGGAUCUUGCUACCGUUCUCGCGGACAGCGAUUCCCGGUUACCCAUCGUGGUUGAAGCGGUGCCAUUUUGCGUUCGUCGGAGAUCUUGAAACGAUCGAAUCUGUGGGUUCGCGAGGAAAGUCUAAGAGGGCUUUUUGACUCAAGAAUUGCAACAUCAGCGUAGCAUAUGCCAGAGCGAUAUCAUGGCAACUAACUAUGCGGCUCGCUCGCAAUUUG